CAUCUCUUCUUCUAUAGUAAACUUGUAUAUCAGCAUUUAUUCUGUCGUCGUGUGUUUCACUGUGAAAAAAAAAUUGUUCCUUUACUUUUCCUUUGGUGUUUGAAAGAAAAAAAAACAAAUUUUCAUCGGCAACUUUUUUUUCUCAUCGAUUUGACAUUGAAAAUAAUUUGCAAAGAAAAAAAAAAUUAAAAAGAAUGACAACACCAGUGGUAAUUGAAGCUACAGCAAAGCACACUGCAACAUUAAUAUUCUUGCAUGGAUUGGGUGACACUGGACAUGGCUGGGCUAGUUCUAUGGGUGCUGUAAGAUCUUCCUACAUGAAAGUUAUUUGUCCAACGGCGCCCACGAUGGCAGUUACAUUGAACGCUGGAUUCCAGAUGCCAUCUUGGUUUGACCUAAAAUCAUUGGAGUCAACUGGACCUGAAGAUGAAGUGGGAAUUCGUAAAGCUGCCGGAAUGGUGCAUUCAUUGAUAGCAAAGGAAAUUGGUCUUGGUAUACCGUCGAAUAGAAUAGUUAUUGGCGGUUUUAGUCAAGGUGGUGCUCUAGCAAUAUUUAGUGCUCUCACUUAUCCACAACCAUUAGCCGGAAUUAUUGCUUUGUCCGCUUGGCUUCCUUUGCAUCAAAAAUUCCCAGCGGAAGCGAUAGGAAAUAAGGAAACACAUUUACUACAAUGUCAUGGUGAUUGUGAUCCAAUUGUUCCUUACAAAUGGGGACAAUUGACAGCAACUGCAAUGAAGCAAUUUAUGACAAAUACCGAGUUCAAGACCUAUCGAGGUUUAAUGCAUUCGUCUUCUGAUGAGGAACUCCUAGACAUAAAGAAAUUUAUCGAAAAAACUACAAAGUAACUUUUAAAUGAAUGGCAUUUAUAUAUAAAUUAUUCGCCACCCUAAAUUGUACGUAUAAUAAGUACUGAGAAAAUAAGAAAAAAGCAAAAAAAAAAAAAAAAAAAAAACUAUUUCCAACUUUAAUAUUACAAUGUAUUUAAAACUAGUAACUCGUUGACGAGUUUAAAAUCAAUCUAAGUGAAAAAUUCCAUCGUCUCUAUAUAAAGAACAGCAAAAAGAAAUAAAAAAAUCAAUACGUAGAUUGA